UCAUUUUUUUGUUUCCCACAAUUCAUACCACUUUUACUCAAACUACUGGUAAUUAAUUAAUUGCACUUUAAUUAAUCCCUAAUUAUCCCCUUCACUUUCCACACAUUAUUGACAGCUUUCCCAUUCAAUUCCAAAUUUCAACUCAAUAAUGAAUAAUCAGCUGGUUUCAAAUUAAUAAUAACAGAAAAAACAAAAACCCAACCUAUUUUUUAUAUCUGAAAAUUAACAUCCUUUUCUUAUUCUCAAUCUCUAUUUAACCAAAGAAACCAAAACUUUUUUUCCCCUUAAAACAAACUGAAAAUUUAAAACAAAAAAAAAGAACCAAACUCGUUUCGCUCAACCAGCUAUAUCUAUAUCUCUCUAUAAUGCCUCCUUUAAUCUUAAGUCCCUCUUUAUCUUAUCCACUUGAACUACCUUCUAUCGAUGAAAACACACCUAUUGAUCCAAGAAAGCUAUUACAAGUCAGAACUGGUGCCUCAACCUUUCUUUAUCGCUCAAAUAUCUUUCUCCAUGGUGGUUUAACCAUUCCUUUGAACGAUCUAUAUGACAUCAAAAUAUCUGAAAUUGAAAAUAUUCUAAUCAAUAACUACAACUACAACUACAACAACAAAACCCUAAAUAACAUUAAUCCUUUGUUUGCCUCAAACUACAAUAAUGAAACAUAUACCCAACCCAGAAACUAUUUAAGCUAUGCCCCAAUUAGAUCAAACAUUUCCAGCAUUAAAAAUCAAUCAAACUUCGCUUCUUAUGCUCACUAUGCUGCUCCCAUAAGCAAUUUGACUUCAUUAAGAUCUAUUUUCCCUCCCGUUGCAAUUACUUUGGGUAGAAACGCAUUUACAAGAUUUUGUCUCUCCAUUUCAGACUUUCAAUUUGUUUCCGCUGAUGGUGAUACAAUACCAAUUCCAUUAUAUAUUCUAAGAAAAAGAUGGGGAAGAACAUUUGACACUAUAUUAGCCAGAAGUUAUUCAAGGGCUGUCGCUCUAUUACAAUCACAGGAAGAUAAGCGUAUAAGGGAAACUGAUGCAACUGCAGACAAAAGUGCAGACAGUAUUCAAGUCGAAAGCAAUGAGGACUCAACUUCUUAUACUCAACAGCAAAAAUUAAUUGGCCUUUACAAAUCAACCUCCAACUCUUCUUCUACCUAUACUAACAUUACUAACACAAAUAAAUCUGUUCAAUCACCAAACAUCUUUAUUAGUGAUUAUGGAUCACUGUCAAAUCCCACAAAAAAUAAUUCUGAACAUCAAAAUCUUUCAAAUAAUCAAACAUCUGAUACUCCAGAAAGCAAAAGUGCAAAAUCUCAUCCAAAAUUCAUAAUACCGCCAAAGACAAACGAACCAACCAUUCCAAUGCCAGUUCCCUCAGAAUUACAAAGAGAACAGUUGGAAUAUCAAAAUCAGAAGAUGUCUUUGUUAAGUGAAUUGGAAAAAGUUGGCCCUGUUGCCAUGAAUAAGCGAGAAAGCAAUGCCUCUAGUGACCGUUUACAUAAACCAUAUAGCUAUGAUGAUUCUUCCAGGGCUUCCAGUUUUAUUGACAAUUUAAGCUCAAACAAGAUCACAGAAGUUGAUUAUAAUCAAGACAAUGUCAAUAGGACAAUGUUACUAGGACAUCUUUCAAAUUUAAAUCAAAACUCUGAGCUUUGUUUAGAGCCAUUAUUAAUUCCAAGAUCACUAUACUUACCGUUUUCAACAAGCUCGGUUUAUAGCUUUGCAGAAUAUUUUUUUACAGGACAAGUCAAUCCUAAGUGGCUAUUGACCAACACUUUGGAUUUAUUAAUGAUUGCUAAAUUCUAUGAAUUGCCAUUAUUAUACGAUCUAAUUUCUGAAAUUUUAUAUGUUAUAAUUGGCAGAAAAGAAAGUUAUAUUAAAAAAUACAGUAAGGUAUUGUCAGAUAAAUAUUUUGAGAUUUUUGGCAAAAGAUAUGAAAGUUUGAAUGAAUUUUUUGAGCCCACACUUGCUGAAACUGAAGAAGAUUUUGAUAUGAUGUUAUUGAAAAAAAUGAGUAGCAAAAGAAGAGAAAGUAGGAAAAGAUCUGAACUCAAACAAAGAGCUAGCCAUUUGUCCACUGCAAGUACAAUUUCUCUUAAAAAAAAACUAGGUGAUAGCAAAUCAAUGGAUCCACGUAAUUCAUAUUUAAAUUCAGAUAGUGAUAGCAUAAUCAGUAAAGAUGAUGAGGAUGUUGAUGAUGACAAUCUGGAAAAAUUAAAUCCACAAGACCCAAUUGUUGAGGAUAAGAAAUACUUGGAAAAUCAUCCAUAUAAUCUUAAACAAAACGAUAAUUCUUUAUGCACUGACGAUGACAUUUCAUCUAGUGAUUCAGACGAUUUUGAAAUCGGAUUGGGAUUAGCUGAUGAUAUUUAUAAUACAGAAAUUGAGACAAAAUUCAGAUGUGGAUCAAUAUUUUCUGGGAAGCAGAGCGUUUUUUCUAAAAGCAGUGAUUAUUUUAGAGAAGCUGAAUUAUAUCCUGUGAUUGGUAAUGGAUCAGCAGCUACAGUUACAUUGGAAAAUUUGGCAUCAAGUAAUUCACCAGCUCCAUCAUUUUUUCUGUUGCAAUAUAUUUAUGAAACGGGAUGUUUGGGGUGUGAUGUUAGAUUAAUGGUUAGAAGUAUGAAUAUUUUAGAUCUAGCUAAACGUUUUAACAAAGUCAAAGUUGAAGUUGAAGAUGUUUUACGAGAGGAGAUCGCUAAGGAAGAAGAAGCGAAAAAAGAAGCAAUGAAAAAGCAAGAAGAAUUCAAAAAAAAAUUGAAAGAGGAAAAGUUGGAACAACAAAGGUUAGAGAAAGUUCGACGCAAAAAUGAAGCAGCUAAACUGGAACAAGAGAAAAUUCAAAGACAGUUGGAUAGGUUUGAAAGGCAUAAAACAGAAAAAAAGAAGGCUAAUUUUCGGUCAUCAACACACACUUCUGCUAGUAAUGCUAGCACUAAUAGUGGAAUACUGUCAUACCAUCCAAGAUCGAAGAGAACAUCUGGUCCAGUUGGUAGUAUUGGACAAAGACAAUUUUAUCAUAAAAAUAGAGUUGAUAGUGAUUUAAAUUCGUUAAAUUCGGACAAGAGUAUGUCAAGGAAUGCUAUUUCUUCAAUUGGAGAAUACUUGACACCAAAAUAUUCGAAUAUUUCAACAACAGGUACAAUUAAUACUACGAGUACUAUUGAUACUACAAAUACAAAUACAAAUAUGACAAGUGCAUCAUCUGAGUAUAGUCAUUCUGUGGAUGAACCAUGUUUUGAUAUGAGGUCGACAGUCGAUGGUAAUAGAAUUAAAUAUACGAAUCAGAAUGUUUUGGGAAAUAUGAAUACCAGUUCUGGUAAUAAUCCUAGUUUGGGUGGAUCUAAGCUUGCGUCGAAUAUUUAUAAUAGGAAUUAUCCUAAUAUUUCAAACACUCUUGACAAUGGUAAUAUAAAUAGAAACAAUAGCAAUGUUAAUAAUAAUAAUAAAUAAUAAUAAUAAUAACUUUGAUAAGAAGAACUAUGGUAAUAGUAAUAAUAAUAAUAAUAAUAAUAAUAGUAAUAGUAAUAGUAAUAGUAAUAAUAGUGCUGAUGCUAGAAAUGAGUUUAAUUCAACUAUGAAAACUCCCACUAAUAAUAUUUCUCAUCACAGACGUCACAAUGAUCAUCACCACAAUGAUUUCAAUUACAA